AUGUCGCCUCACACCUUGACUAGUUUUUUGUUAAUUGUUCUUUCUAUUUUUGUUCCCUUUAUUGUCGUCGGUAUUCGUAGGGGAUUUUGUAGUGCAGAUUUUCUCAUUAACAUUUGUCUUUGUGCCUUAGGAUUACCCGGCAUAAUCCACGCUAUCUACAUUGUCUUGAAGUAUCCCUCCUAUCCUGUUUAUGACACUGAACGCGGUCAAUACGCCUCCAUUCCUCCUCCUUCACCCACAUCUCAUCAAAACUUCGGCCCUAACUCCGCUACCCAUCCUCCUGCUUACUCUACUUUUCCUCCUAAUGGUACGCCUUAG